CAUCCCAUCCCCAUCCCCAAUCCCAAUUGCCCAAUACUUCUCGCAACCACAACCAAAAUGACCACAGACCUCCACCCCAACCUCUCCCUCACCCUCACCAACAUCCCGACAGGCCUCCCCAUCCCAAACAAAGACCUAACCACCCUCCCCUCCCCCAUCUCCCUCACCCAACCCCUCUCCCCCAACACCCUCCUCGCCAAAACCCUCUACGCCAGUCUGGACCCCUACAUGCGCGGCCGCAUGCGUCCCGCCCACAUCCCCUCCUACAGCCCCGCCUACCCCCUCCACGCCCCGAUCACCGCCUACGGCCUCGUCCAAGUCCUCCGCUCCAAUCACCCACUGUACUCCCGGGGGCAGAUCCUAUACUGUCGUGUUCCGGUGUCCGAGUACAGCAUCCUCGACUCGGAGCUCAAAUGGGAGAGUAUUAAGGUUAUCCCUUACACCAAUACCACCACCAACACCAACGACUCAAACGAAAUCCCUCUCCCCCACUACCUGGGUAUCCUCGGCAUGCCCGGCCUCACCGCGUAUGCCGGACUCUACGAAAUCGGCCGCCCCCAACGCGGCGAAACAAUCUUCAUUUCCUCUGCGGCGGGCGCAGUGGGGAGCAUAGUCGGGCAGAUUGCGAAACGGGAAGGGCUGCGGGUAAUUGGAUCUUGUGGCGGGAGUGAGAAAGUAAAGUAUGUGUUGGAGGAGUUGGGGUUCGAUGCGUGUUUUGAUUAUCGGGUUGAGGGGGUCAGGGAGGCGUUAGGGAGGGUGGCGCCGGAGGGCGUGGAUGUGUAUUUUGAGAAUGUGGGGGGGGAGGUCUUGGAGGGGGUGUUGGAGGGGAUGAAUGUGGGGGGGAGGGUUGUGGUGUGCGGGAUGAUCUCGCAGUAUAAUCUCGCGCCCGAGGACCGGUACGGGAUUAAGAAUCUGGGGUUGGUGGUCACCAAACGGAUUCAUAUGCAGGGGUUUAUUGUGGGGGAUGCGGGGUUUGGACCGAAGUAUGAGAAGGAGAGGGAUGAGAAGGUGUCUGCUUGGCUGCGCGAGGGCAGUAUCGUUGCGAAAGAGCAUAUCACGACUGGCAUUGAGAACGGCCCGGAGGCAUUAGUUGGCAUGUUGCGCGGGGAGAAUCUAGGAAAGGCAAUUCUGAAGAUUGCGGAUCCGGAACCUUUGUGAAGUAUAGAGUGGAUGAUGGGGCAUACUGGACAGUCAACAUGUAUAGACAAGUGUGAGAAUGAAAUUGAAGGUAUUAUUGGUAUC